GGGUUAUUUAUUUGUGUUAAAAAGCACAGAAACACAUAAAUAAGGAAGGAAAAGGUCCACAGCAGUUUCCGCACUCGUCUUUCUCUCUCUCGCCGCCGGUCGCCUAGCACUGCCAGCAAACACCCGGAGACGUUCGCCUCCGCAGUUCACCGGAGGACUUCCCUUCGUUUGGGACAAACUUAAAGAUGAAGCUGGAUGUUAAUGCCCUGCGCUAUCUCUCAAAAGAUGAUUUUAGGGUUCUUACUGCUGUUGAGAUGGGGAUGCGGAAUCAUGAAAUUGUUCCUUCAGAACUUGUGGAACGUAUAGCUUCUCUCAAGCAUGGGGGCACUUACAAAGUUUUGAAGAAUUUACUCAAAUAUAAAUUAUUGCACCACGACUCUUCUAAAUAUGAUGGGUUUCGACUUACCUAUCUUGGCUAUGAUUUUCUUGCAAUCAAAACUUUGGUAAACCGUGGAGUGUUUGUGGCUGUUGGUCGACAAAUUGGAGUUGGGAAAGAGUCUGAUAUUUUUGAGGUUGCCAAAGAAGAUGGUACCGUGCUUGCCAUGAAGUUGCAUAGACUCGGUAGAAUUUCUUUUAGGUCAGUUAAAUCUAAGCGUGAUUAUUUGAGGCAUCGCAGUAGUUACAAUUGGCUUUACUUGUCUCGGCUUGCGGCAGUUAAAGAAUUUGCAUUCAUGAAGGCUUUGGAAGAACAUGGUUUUCCUGUUCCAAGUGCAGUAGACUGUAAUAGGCACUGUGUCAUUAUGUCACUCGUUGAAGGUUAUCCACUGGUGCAGGUAAAACAAUUACAAAAUCCAGAUGUGGUUUUCGAAACGAUCAUUGGUCUCGUUGUUCGUCUAGCAGAACAUGGUCUCAUUCAUUGUGACUUCAACGAAUUUAACAUUAUGAUUGAUGACGAUGAGAAGGUCACCAUGAUUGAUUUUCCACAAAUGGUUUCUGUCUCGCAUCGUAAUGCACAAAUGUACUUUGAUCGGGAUGUUGAAUGCAUCUUUAAGUUUUUCAGAAAAAGGUUUAACCUGUCAUUCCAUGAGACCGUGGAUGAUGAAAAUGAUGUAGAAAUUGACAAUGAUGAAAGUGUAAGGCCUUGCUUUUCUUCGAUAUCUAAAGGUGUUGGAAGUUUAGACAAGGAACUUGCUGCCAGUGGGUUCACACGAAAGGAUCAGGAAGACAUCGAAAAGUUUAUUGAAAAUGGACUUGAGGGAGAUGCAGAUUCUGGCGGUGAAGAAGAUGAAACGGAGGACACUGAUGGUGUGGAAGUGGAACAUCUACACAUUUCAGAGGAGGAAACUUUGAAUGGUGAUGAAAAUGCAGGGCGUCAGAGGAACCAUGAAGCAUGUCAGAUCGAUGUAUCUGAGCAUGACUCAGAUUCAGAUAACCAAGAAGAAAAUGAAAACAGAAUCUCCGGGAAUGACUCAAGUGAAAUGAGGGACAAUGGAGGUGAGUCUAGAGAUGAAAAUGAAGACGAAGAACUGAACAAACGAUUGAACAAGCAGAGACGACGUGCCAUAGCAUCAGCCAGUGGAGGAAGAAAGACUCGUUCUUCUCGAAACACAUAUAAAGACAAAGGUAGGAAGUCUUCUAAUAAUUCCAAGAUUCAUAAACAACUCAGUAUCUGGUGAAGUUUUGUUGUCAUACUUGAUGAUGCUCACAUCCCGGUACCGUGGUGUACCGUUGUGUCAAUUUUGUCCUCACACUUCUGGAAGAAAAUUCGGUUCUGAUUUCGGUUUCUUCCCUCCUCUAUUGCUAUACUUUAAUAGGAAGUCUUAUUAUCUUUUUUAAUGUAAGGAUGAAUUUGACAUGAUGAUGAAAGUAUAUUGACAAUAAAACGUAAUUUAAUUUUUUGUUUCACAUAUGUAUAUAUAUAUCAGUGAUUU